AUGGUACCACGGGUGAAAGUUUUGCGACUGGCGCAUGACAAUAGGACUUCAGGACAUUUGGGGAUUACCCGGACCGUCGCACGGCUGAGACAGGCUCCGGUGUUCUGGAGGGAGAUGCAACGCCAGGCAGAAGAGUGGUGUCAAAAGUGUCACAAGUGCGGGUCAAAGAAGUCACCUCCUCGACCCCUCAAGGCCCCACUUCAACAGUACCUGGUAGGGGCUCCGAUGGAGCGCCUCGCGAUCGACCUCACGGGUCGAUUUCCGAGGACGAGGACAGGGAAUUAUAGCAUCAUGUCGGUGGCCGACUACUUUACGAAGUGGGUGGAGGCGUUUCCGAUCCCGGACCAGACUGCUCAGACUGUCGCCAAAGUCCUCGUCGAACAGGUCAUCACCCGGUUUGGAGCUCCCCUCGAGAUCCACACGGAUCAAGGGAGGGAGUUCGAAGCCGAGCUCUUCCAGGGCACCUGUAAGCUGCUCGGCGUCCAAAAGACCCGAACCACGCCGUUUUACCCCCAGUCCGACGGGAUGGUGGAGCGGUUCAACCGCACAGUCAAGACGAUGCUGAGCCUGUUUGUUCAUGAGAACCAGGACGAUUGGGACGAACACCUACCGUACGUGAUGAUGGCGUACCGCUCCUCCCAGCACGACAGCACAAAAUUCACGCCUAACAUGCUGAUGUUGAGAAGUGCGGCUUCCGUUGGACCUGGUGAAAGUGCCAGCUAUAAGCCUGGCCAACCUGUGUGGAUGUAUACCCCCUCCAAGAAAGUGGGUCGCACGCCCAAGUUGCAGUGCUGGUGGGACGGGCCCUUCGUGGUGACACAGAAGAUCGAUGAUGUCACGUUCCGCGUGCAAGAAUCCCCUCUAGCCAAAGCCAAGGUGGUUCAUUCCAAUCGGCUUAAGCCGUAUCUGGGCGACGCCGAAGUGGACUGGUGGAGGCGCGUAGCGCAGAACCUCCCAAAAGGGGGACCGCCACCAACCCAAGACCAGGAGGUGACGCUACCACCGAGUCCGUCGACUGACACUAACCGGGAGGACCCGCCGGCUGGGGUUGGUAGUCAGUUUGCCAAGGAGGGACCACUACCAGUUAAGACGGGGAAGGGGACUCUGCCGGAGGCGACGGCGCCUGCCGCCCAAAAAAGGACCGGGCAGCGAGGUCGCCGGAUCCGAUACGGAAUUGGCCGAGCCCGAAGGGGGACAGGCCUCUUCACCACCAUCGGCGCUGGCUCCUGGGAGAGUCACCCGAGGUGGCCGGAAGAUAAUCCGACCAAGCCGUUAUUGCCAACAAAUAACCAAAUGCUCUUCUUUUUCUUCCCCCUGCAGGAUGGACCCGGACCCGAUUCAUUGCCCGCACUGUGA